AUGGCGACUAAAGAGGAAGCACGACGUAAAUUGGCACUUGUAAUUGGCAUUGGUAAAUAUGACUAUUGUGAAGAAUUACAAAAUCCAGAAAAUGACGCGAAUGAUAUGUCUAAAGCGCUGGAGAGUAUUGGUUUUGCUGUUACAAAGAAACUAGAUCUGAAACGUGCUGAAAUGAGAUAUGUUGUUAUUGAUUUCGAAGAAUCAAUAGAGCGCGACGAUAUUGUUCUAUUUUAUUUUGCUGGACAUGGGAUACAAUGGGAAGAUCAAAAUUAUUUGAUACCAAAGGACACUCCAACUUUGAAUGGUGCAGCUUUAAACACGACUGCAAUCAAUGCACAACAUAUUCUUGAAAAUUUAAGUGAUCACAAUCCAUAUGUAACAAUAUUCCUAUUGGAUUGUUGUAGAAAGUAUCACUUACGCAAUCCUGAGGUAGACGCACGUGAUCCGGAUGCAAGUGGUUCAAAGUCAAUAGGCCUCAAAGCUAUGAGCAAGGCUGGUUCAUUGAUUGCAUUUGCUUGCGCACCUGGAACUAUAGCCAUUGAAGGAAAAGGACAGAGAAAUGGUUUAUUCACAAAACAUCUUUUAGAACAUAUUAAAACUGAGAAUGAAGAUAUCCAAAUGAUAUUACGUGAUGUUGUCAAAGGAGUAAAACAGGAAUCAAAAUCAAAACAAAUUCCAUUCGUGAGCGCUUCAUUAUUAGAGAGGGAUAUAUAUUUAUGUAGUCAACAAACAAAGCGACCGCAUAAACCAGGUAAAUAUGCUAGCAAAUUCUACUGUUCUCGUUUAAGUGAAUCAAAAGAUUCCCAUAACAAUUUUACCUUCGAAUCAUCUUUGUUUCUAACUAUUUAG